CCCAAAACUGCGCGGACAUCGACGCGCAACACCAUGGAGGCACGCCGCGACUCACUUCAGGCAUAUUUUGCCUCGCCGAAUGCCACCUUGAGGCCUAUCAUGACGUCACUAAACGGGGACAACUCGUGGCUGAUCUCGCUCCCGCGUCCGCCUGCUGACGGUGCGGGACGGGUUUACUACCAUGUUGUGUUUGAACCGUGGCUGGCUGGGCCAACGAGCCAGAUUGCUUCUUGGUUCAUCGGUAUUACUUUACCAGAGGUGCCGAAGAUAGCAGAUCCAGAGGCUAUUGAGGCUGUUAUUCGUCAGAUCGAAGAAGCUGCCGCUGGGCCCGUCGCGGACAGCAAGCUGACAACAGCGGGGCCAGAAGGAGACUACGGUGGCGGUAUUGAUGCGAUUCUCUUGGAGUUUCACUUCCUUGACCACGUCCAUGAAGCAACCCUCCGCCUAUUCAACGAGAACAUUCCCAUCAUCGCAACCCCGGAGGCCACUAACGUGGUAAAGCCUUGGAAUCACUUCAAGACUAUUACGACGAUUCAAGACCUCAGUGCUUCGUCCAAGACCUGGCGGGACCCUGCCCUGCAUCCUGGGGACCCAGUACCGUCGUGGUUCACACCUAUCCGUAUACCCGGUCAUUCAGAACUCAACUUUUGCACUGCCUUGGUGUGGACCCACGUUGCUGACGAUGGAAGGGAAGUUCACGAAGCCAUAAUCAAUUCCCCACACGGCACGCGCCUUGACGAGGGACCGUUGCAAGCGUUUCUGGAUGCGGAGCCUCCAACAGUGAAACUGGCCAUGCUUCAUGGGCUGAAAGAGAGUCAUACGGCGGGAUGGAAGACGACAUUCGGAGUCAAAGGCGGGCUUGCAUUGUAUCGGAGACUUGGAGGUGUCAAGUACUGGCUUCUCUCACAUCACUCGGCUCUUGUGUAUAGCGGCAUUUUCAUGCGGCUUUCGAGAACUAUUGACACAGCACGGACGAUGGAAUGGGCACUUGAUGAGGAGAAGAAGACGAGCCAACAGAGCGAGCAAGAUUUACCCAAGCCAAAGACGGUUGAAGUGGAGAAUGGUGGGUGUUUUAUUUUGGAGUGAUGUGCGGG